AAAGGUCUAUGUCUGUCUUGAUUACGGUGCCAUUGCUUAGCGAGUUCAUGAUUUAAACUAUAGUUAAAAGAACAGGAGAAACAGAAAAUGUCUAAGUUGGAGAAAAUGCAAAUUAUGGGCAUUAGGAGCUUCGGCCCGGAAGAACCCAGAAAGAUCCAGUUUUUUUCACCUCUGACACUCAUCUUAGGUCAAAAUGGGUGUGGAAAAACAACUAUAAUUGAGUCAUUGAAAUACAUCACAACAGGUGAUGCUCCUCCAGGCUGUGGAAAAGGAGCAUCAUUUGUCCAUGAUCCAAAGUUAGCAAAAGAAGUUACUGUGCGUGGUCAGAUCAAGUUGAUGCUGAAAGACACCAAAGGAGCAACUCUUGUAACAACUCGUUCCUUGGAAGCCACACAGAAACUGAAGAAGAUUGAGUGUAAGACCAUAGAUGCAACAUUGCAAAGGAGGCGGCCAGAUGGCAGUACAGAUGCUAUAUCUAGUAAGUGUGCUGACUUUGAAGCAGAGAUAUCAAAUGCCUUGGGUGUAUCGAAACCUAUCUUGAACAAUGUUAUAUUUUGUCACCAGGAGGAAUCAAAUUGGCCUCUGGAUGAAGGUAAAAAAGUGAAAGAAAAAUUUGAUGCCAUAUUCAAUGCCACCAAAUACAUCAAAUGUCUUGAUACAAUACGUAAGCUGCGUGCUGAAAUGAAAACGAAGGUGAAGAACAUGCAUGAAGUCAUUGAAAGCCUCAAAAAGUGGCGAGAUGAGGCAAACCGAAAGCGUGUUGACUUGAAGGAGUCUUGUGAGCAGCAAAAUAAAAUUAAGGUUCAAAAAAGUAAACUGAAGGAAGAACUGGAGCCAAUUCGAGAACGUCUAAAGGAAAUCUGUGACUUGGAGGAGAAUGUUGGCCGUCUGAAUGGAGAGCUGAUUGGAGAGAAGCAUAAGCUUGAAGCCCUAAGGCAGAGCCAAGCAGACCUGCGGGCGACUCUUUCAGAGCAGCUGGACUGUUCGGAUGAGGAGCUGUACCACAUGAUACAGGAUUUCCAGAAAAACUUAGAGAGCAUGGAAGAGGAACAGGAAAAGGUAAUGUCUCGGAUGCAAAGCAUUCAGAGAGAGAAGGAGAAGAAUCAAACUGAGAUAUCUAGGACAGAAAGACUUCGAGGAGAGUAUGAGGCAGCUUACAAAACACAGCAGGAUUACAUCAAGGAACGAAACAGACAGAUGUCAAGUAUUACCAAGGAAUUUUCCUUUGCAGAAUUUAUGGGUGUUGAAGACUUUAGUGAACAACAAGCUCAGUGUCUCUUGUCCAUACUCCUCAAGCUUGUUGAAGAGGAACGCAAGAAGAUUGCAGAGAAGAAAGAGGAGUACGAAAGGAAAGAAGAGGCAGUGCAGAAGGAGAUUGAUGGAUUAAGAACCUCUGAAGCUGCCCUGGACCAUGACAUAAAGACCAAAGGAAAGCAGUUGGAUGAAACGGGCAAGAAGAUCCGCCAGCUCAAGCAGGCACUAAUGCGUAAUGAGAGUGAUUUGUCAGACAUGGAUUUAGACUCACUAAAGGUGGAGCUCACCCAGGUAGAGGAUAUGAUUGCGAAGGAAGAGUCAAAAGUUAAUAUGACUGAGCUUACUGCAGAGAUAGAAAGAGCCAAAAAGAACAAACGAGAAGGAGAGCAUGAAGUUGAUGAAAUCAAAAGGGUAGUGGCAAAGAUGAACCGUCAGGCAAAUGCUCGAUCUCAGUAUGACAUCCAUAUGAAGGAAAAGAAGGAGUUGGAAAAUAGAAUUGAAUUUUUGAAGCGUAAGCAUGCUGAUGAGUUUGAGCAUCUCCUAGAAGCUAUUCCUGAUGACAACAUUAAGAAUAAAGUUGAUGCUUGUGCAGAUAGCCUUCGAAGGCGUGUUACUGAACUCAGACAAGAAAUUGAAGGACUGAAUAAGCGUAGAACCCACCUGUCUGUGAGCAUAAAAGGACAAAAACAGCAGCAGAGUCGUAAAGAACAGGAGAUCAGAGACCUGGAGAGCAAAAUAGACAACAUUUGUGAUGGUAUGAACCUAGAUGAGGCCCUUGAGAAGUCAAAGGAAGUGAAGGACAAUCUUACACGUGAACGAGGAGAUCUCUCCAGUUCCAUCACUGUCUUAAAUCGUUUCACUGCCAAGCUCCGUCAGAGAGAUUGCUGUCCUCUCUGUCACAGAGACUUCCCAUCAAAAGAUGAUGUCAAUCAACUUAUUGAGGAGCUUGAAGGAAAGGUGAUCAGCAUUCCAGGUAAAUUAGAACAGGUCAAAGUAAAACUUGAUAAACAAGAGAAGGUCCAUGACCAGAUUAUACAGCUUAAACCCCAGAGAAAUUUGGCAAACAGUGCCAAGGUGGAAUUAGACAAGAUCAGAGCCCAGAUUGAAGAGGAGAUGAAGGAGUUGGCUAAAGUAGACUCAGACCUGGAGUCCCAGAAGAAAUGCUGGACAUGA